GUGCGCGAGAGACGGUGAGGAAUGGUGCAUGGUGGUGGAGAGUGGACGGAGCGGACACUGAUCGACUGGAGGCAGAGACCCGCAGAGAACACGAAGGGAUAAUUUUGAUUAUUUUCAACGUUCGUCGCUGCGUUUUCCAAAUGAGUACCGUCGAGUAUGGUUUUCCGAUGAUAGGCGGAUUGAUGCCGCAAAUACAGGCUCUCAUAGCGCCACCGAUAUCCGACGACUCCAAGACGGCGAAAGCGAAGAAGGAGAAGGAGGAGAAGAAGCAUCCGUACUUUAAGAGGCGAGGUCGCGGCCACAAUCGCGACUUUUGCGACGCUUGUAAAGAUGGUGGAGAGCUUAUAUGCUGCGACAAAUGUCCGGCCUCCUAUCACUUACAGUGCCACUAUCCUGCGGUGGAUCCGACAGACAUUCCUAAUGGAGAAUGGUUGUGCUAUGCCUGCCGCUGCGCCUCCAAAAGGGAAGUACUCUUGGACGAGAAGGGAAACGAAAAGAAACAGAGAUCCGCUCUGGAAGUAUUAACAUUGGCGGCUUCUCUGGUAAAUCCAAGGGAGUUCGAAUUACCCAAGGAGUUACAGUUGCCUAUAAUGUUUCCGGGAAGCAAUAAAUUGGAUUACGUAUCUGGCAGAAGAGGUAAACCACCAAGCUCAUCGUAUAACAAUGUUGGGAAAAGUCACUGCUUGGAUAGCAACUUAAUGGUUCCAUUGCCUGCUCGUUUAUGCUACGAAUGUGGACGUAGUUGCAGAAAGGCGCCGUUAAUCGCGUGUGACUAUUGUCCAUUAUAUUUUCAUCAGGACUGCUUGGACCCACCGCUGACUGCUUUUCCAAUCGGCCGAUGGAUGUGUCCCAAUCAUCCGAAUCACUUCAUAGAUCAGAAUCUGUUGACCUCUUGCAGAGUGACAGAACGCGUAAAGCUCUGGGACAAGUACGCGAAUCAACGAAUAGAUCAGCACGCGGUCAAACUAGACUUCUUACGUAAAGCGCGCGCUGCCAAUCCACUAUUUCGGACGAAGGUGAGAUUGGAGGGUCGUCCGAGAAUAAAAGUUCCUUGCAGCGUCAAGUUCCAUUAUGAGAACCCGCCGCACAUAGAUCCGGUACAUUCUUAUCAAGAUGGUCUUAUAUGGCCUAUAAGAGAUACUACAGAUGAAGAAGUGCAACCGACAGACGUUGAGAAAGCGGAUAGCAAAGAUAAUUGUGUGGAAAAUAAGAAAACUGAAGAAACCGAUGAAGUAAGAACAAAAAGAGUGAAGUGUGAUAAUACUAUGGAUGAGGGAAGUGAUCGGCAGAAAGAGUCAGAAGUGAGUGAACACACGAGUAAAGUGGAGAGCGAGACUGCGACGGAUAGUUCUAAGGAAUGUAAUAAUCGCGAAUUUUAUGCGAGCAACCAUGAUUAUAAUAACAUUAAAGAAGGUGUCCAAUUGUUAGAGAGGCCAGUAUUGGAGGCAUUAGCGCAACAGAGACUAGAACAAAUAUUAAAUCCGGACGGGGAGAGUUAUGAAACAAUAAAUUGUCAUAGAAGAGCAAGAGCCGCAUUACUUUCUUUAAGCCCUAAGCCUAAUCCACCAGCAUUCAUGACUCGUAGAACCUUUGUUAUCGGCAACGGCCCGAAUUGCGACCUAGUUUUGUCCAAAUACGGUAGCUGCGGUUUCACAUCCUCCAAACACGCAGUAAUAUUUUUCGACGAGGUGACCAAGCGUUACGAAUUACUCAAUUACAGCGAAUACGGAACGGUGGUGGACCACGUGCUGUAUUCUUGUGAUUGCACUCGUGUUUUAGAGGAACAAAUGAAAGAGGAAAAGACUGACAAAGCGAUAUACAUCACUAAGGAAGAAGAGACUUCUGAUAUGAUAAAAACUAUUCUGCAUAAGGAAGAAGCAGCUUGCUUGGAAGAAUAUGCACACACGGAUGACAAAAUCUUAUGCAAAUGUAAUAUAAAACGUGAUAUGAGAAUUAAUGAGCAUCUGGAGGAAGGAUGGGAAGGAAGUGCAAUCAUUGCACACGGCUCGAUCAUCGCCUUCGGAUGUCUCAUGUUCGUAUUUAGCACAUCGAAUACGUAUGUAGAUAGAUAAAAUAUUCAGUAAUAUAUAAAAUAUUUCACAUUGUACAAAGAAAAUUUUAUAAAGCAAUAUAAAAUGAA